CGGAAGCGCGACUACAACACAUCAGCGACUCUGUUCUCCGGUCUUCUGCAUUUCUGUCCGUUAUUUUAUUAAAUGCUCAAUGUUAAAGGAACUUGAUUGAUUGAACAUUGAAGAAAAAACAAAUGGAGCGCUUAAAAUAGCGUUUGAAGCCUAAAUUCAUGAGGAAGAAAAGAGUAAACCGGUGUGACGAUGAGGAGGCUGAACAAAAAGAAAGCCCUGAACUUUGUGAGAGAGCUGGAUGCUUUUCCAAAGGUUCCUGAGAGUUAUGUGGAGACAACAGCCAGUGGAGGAACUGUGUCGUUGUUGGCCUUCACAGCCAUGGCGCUCUUGGCCUUCUUUGAGUUCUUUGUGUAUCGGGACACAUGGAUGAAGUACGAGUAUGAAGUAGAUAAGGAUUUUACUAGCAAACUACGAAUUAAUAUUGAUAUCACGGUUGCCAUGAGGUGCCAAUUUGUCGGAGCAGAUGUUUUGGAUCUCGCUGAAACAAUGGUGGCAUCUGAUGGCCUGGUGUAUGAACCUGUUGUUUUUGACCUUUCUCCUCAGCAGAGGCUCUGGCACAGGACACUUUUGCUCAUUCAGAGCCGUCUGCGUGAGGAACAUUCACUCCAAGAUGUUCUGUUCAAGAAUGUCAUGAAAGGUUCCCCCACUGCUCUUCCACCAAGGGAAGAUGAUCCCAAUCAGCCUUUAAAUGCUUGUCGGAUACAUGGACACCUCUAUGUCAAUAAAGUAGCAGGAAAUUUCCACAUCACUGUUGGCAAAGCCAUCCCACAUCCUCGAGGACAUGCUCAUCUAGCAGCGCUGGUCAGCCAUGAGACAUAUAACUUCUCCCAUCGGAUAGAUCAUCUGUCUUUUGGAGAAGAAAUACCAGGCAUUUUAAAUCCACUGGAUGGCACAGAAAAAGUGUCUGCAGAUCAUAAUCAAAUGUUCCAGUACUUUAUUACCAUUGUGCCCACAAAACUGCAGACAUACAAGGUGUAUGCAGAUACGCACCAGUAUUCAGUCACUGAGCGGGAGCGAGUGAUAAACCACGCAGCGGGGAGUCAUGGGGUUUCUGGGAUCUUUAUGAAGUAUGACAUCAGCUCUCUGAUGGUGAAGGUGACUGAGCAGCACAUGCCCUUCUGGCAGUUCCUUGUGCGCCUCUGUGGCAUCAUUGGAGGCAUUUUCUCUACAACAGGCAUGCUACAUAAUCUGGUUGGUUUCUGCGUAGAUGUGGUUUGUUGUCGAUUUAAGCUGGGGGUUUACAAGCCAAAAAGUAUGAGUGAUUUUGAUGGUCAAAUGAACAGCCUGACACCACUCCUCUCAGAGAACGCCGAACAGUAGCUGGACUCUCCUCCAGAACACAUUUAAAGUUCAUUUUAGUCACUUUUCAAUCCCAAUUACAGUUGUAAGUCCCUGAAUUAAGUUAAAAGAUAAUGUUGACGGCGACUGUCAUUUGUGAUACUGUUAAAAAAAAAAAAAAAAACUAUCUGCACUGACACAAACAACUGUUAAACAAGCGUAAAUCCACAAAGCAGCAGUAUGCACAUUCCCACAAAGGCUUUUUGGUGCUUUUACAAACUUCUGUUAGUAAUUUUACUCAUUAAGACAUCUUUUAUUACCAUAAAGCUCGAUAAGCUAGUUAGCUAGCCAGUUUAGUUGGCACCAAUUAUGGGUUUUACUUUGGGUAACAAAGACAGUUAUGGAACAGCUGAGCUAAGUUGAGCUGUCUUCAUGGUACCUAAAACCUAGAAUUGGUGCAAAUUAAACCUAACUAGCUAGCCAGCUAAUCUGGCUUCAUGGUACAGGCCCCAGAAAUGCCUAAGCAAAAAAAACGGUAUACUUAAUACUGAUAUUUUGAAAGGUGUUCACUUUAUUACCCCAUAGUAAAGCUGUGUCACUGACGUGUAUGUCACAUGACAGCGAUGACACUUAUAAUACACAAAAAUUCACAGCAUAUAAACCAUUUAUCAAAAGUAACAAAACUUGGAUGAAACUUCCAUUUCAAAGGAUCAGACCUAUAUAUGAAUUGGAUACUUCUGAAGUAACAUCAGGAAUAUUUUAAAGACAACCUGUCAGGACAGUAUUAGCAUCUGGUUGGGACAUUUGGUUUGAUUGUCCACAACUAGAGUAGAUCUCCACCUCAGGAAGGAUGCAUCUGCAUUUUAGGAAAUCCUGAUUGUAUUUGGUUUUAUGACAGUUAUGUAAACUAAUUCAUUGGAAACAUAUUGAACAUUUUGAUUCAAACCAUUUCCCACAUUAUUUUUGUAUGAUUGUAGAUCACACUGUUAAUGCGUGUUUUCUUGUGCCAAAGCAUUUCUUUUUUUCUAAAAUUUGUUGGUGUUCGUUCACUCAAAAAUGAGAAUUCUGUUAUUAAUUACUCACCCCCAUAUCUUCCAAGCACCUGAGAGCUUUGUUACUCUUCAGAUCACAAAUUAAGAUAUUUUAGGUGAAAUCUAAGAACUCCAUCCUUUAUAGACAGCAAGUUUCCAGAAGUAACAGACUAUCCGGUUGUUAAGCAUAUACAAAGUGAUGUAUUUCUUUUGAAAAUCACAAUCGCUAUAUAUAUAUAUAUAUAUAUAUAUAAAACCAUGCCUAAUAUCAGAUAGCCAGAAAGUGAUUACUUUUUUUUAUAAAUAUAUUGGCAUCUAUGAUGCAGCAAGUCCAAAGACUUGGUGUACACCAUGAUUUUAUAAUAAAAUCACUUUAACGUGUGAUAUAAACUAAAAAGUGGUCAUAAACUAAUAUUUUCUCAAUUAAAACAAGUAGUGGCUUGGACUAGGAAACAGUAAUCCAUACGUCAGGACUUAAACAGAUAUGGCUUCAGUGGUUCAACCAGAAUAUUAUCAAGCUACACAAAUACUUUUCUGCUCGCAUAAAAACAAAUCCACUACUUUAUUCAACAGUUUCUUCUACUUAGUGUCAGUAUAGGGCUCGUCUUCUUGAGUCGCACCUCAGAGUAUUACCUCAGAUGUGCCUAUGCUUUGUUUCAAACAGAGGAAGUCAUACAUGGCCAUCUUGGCAUGUUUUAUAUCACUUUUCUUAACAUUGAACAAGUCAAGAACCAUUUCUGUCUAUGGAGCUCUCAGAUUUCUAAAUAUCUUGUGUUCUGAUGAUGAAAGGUCUCAGGGGAUUGGAAGGACAGGAGCGCGAGUUAUUAAUGACCAUUUUUGGGUGAAGUAACUCUUUAAGGUCCCAGUAAUGAUUCAAUCAGAGGAUAACUUGCCAGACCCUAUAUACAUAUUUUGUUUAUUUGUGCAUUUUAACAUGACAUUCCCCAGGUUUGGGAUGUUUCAUUUAUUUCAUGAGAGUUCAAAUAAAAAUAGGCACCUGCGA